AUGUCUGCUUUCGUACCUGUCAACCCCAAGCCCUUCCUCAACGAUCUCACAGGAAAGGCCGUUUUGGUCAAGCUGAAGUGGGGACAGGAGUACAAGGGAUUCCUGGUCUCGGUCGAUUCCUACAUGAACUUGCAGCUCGCUGACACAGAAGAAUUCGUGGACGGUGUCUCUGCAGGAAAGUUGGGCGAGGUGUUGAUCCGCUGCAAUAACGUUCUCUACGUACGAGGCGCGGACGAGGAAUGA